CACUCUUCGAAAGAAGAGAAAGCGCUACAAGCUCUUGCUAAAGAGUUCUUGGCUCAGAAAAUUUCGGCCGCAGGUGUGUCAUACGUGGUGAAUUCGAAAUCAAAAUUCAGGAGAAAAUUAUGGUUGAUUGCUGUGAUGAUAUCAAUGCUAUUCAUGGGAUAUAUGACAUUUAAGGUCGUUAAAGGUUAUCUCAAGUACCCGAAGAUGCUUAUCAGAGAAGAAGACAUCUGGACAGAAAUGAUGUUUCCCGCUGUCACUCUUUGUUCAUUAAAUCCUAUUCUAAAUCAAAACAUGGAAAAAACUUCCAUUCAUAAAUUAGCGAAGCUGAAAGAAAUGCUGCAGAAUAUUCAAACAACAUCGUCUAACUCAGAUUUACGAGACAAAUGUUAUAUAAAUGCAUUAUGUAUGUGGUCAUGGUUCAGCGAAAGAUGUACUUGUGUCCCAAAUCCAUGUUUAACCGAAUUCUGUAUAGGAGAAAACGCUACGCAUUGCAUUUGCUCUCCUGUUUUCUGCAAAAACCGUACUUACCAUACUUGCAGUUCUGAUCCUUCUUACUCAGAGGGAUGCUUUUGCUCUAACGAAGAUGCGUAUAAGAGCUUUCCGUCGCAUCCUUUAUCAGAUGAUUACUUGGAUUACAUUAAUGAUACGGAAGUACGCGGUAUUGUACAGUUGAUUCGAAAAGCGUUGUAUGACCUUUCAGAUAUUGAAGAAGACUUGCUUCCUACUACAGAUGAUUUGUUUGAUUAUGGUGUCAGUUUUGACAACUUAGUCAUAGCCUGCAGCUUCGAGCAACGGACGUGUUAUAGAAAGAACUUCACUGUUCUGUACCACCCCAAAUAUGGAAAAUGUUACAUGUUCAAUUUCUUACAAAUGAAAAACGAAGAUUCAGAAAUGCCAUUAGAGAUUUACAACCACGGAGGACAUAGUGGUUUGCGUUUGAUUUUACAUGUGACACAUCCACAAAAAGUGGACCUCUUAAGCGAUGAGAUAGGAGCACGAGUGGUUAUACAUGAUCCGUACGAUCUUCCGUUUGUGGAGGAGCAUGGCUUCAACGUGAGACCCAAUGAUAUGUCAGCAGUCGGAGUCACUUUGACUGUGAUUGAGAGACUGGGACCACCUUGGGGAUCCUGUGUAGAGGAUGACAGCUAUCUUGGCUUCAAACAAGAUGUCAAACCAUAUUCUAUAAUGGGCUGUCAGAAAGCAUGCCGUGAUUUUUACAUGACAAAAUAUUGUGGAUGUACGGUAAGGCAUUUUAUAAGAGGAUCUGUUCUUUUAAGAAGUAAGACAGAUAUCACUUUCUGCAGCGUGGCAAAUGAGACACAGCAUUUGUGUAUGAAGCACGUAAAAAAGAGUAUUGAAGAAAGGGAACUUUCUUGCAAUUGUAAACCUCCAUGCAUUGAAUACCAAUAUAAUACUAAGGUGUCUUCGAGUAAACUGAAUGAAAAUUAUUACAAAGCCAUUAAAUCUAUUCAAACAAUUGUACCUGGCAAUGAAGGAAAACUGAAAAUGAUCAACGCUACGGCUGGAAGUUCCCUCGUUGGUCUGAAAGUGUACUACAGUACAUUCCAAGUUGAAAAAAACAGUGAAGUUGCUUCGUAUAGCUGGGAGACUCUGGUGGCUAAUAUAGGCGGAAAUUUAGGAUUUUUCAUGGGACUGACUUUGAUAACGUUUGUGGAAAUAUUGGAAUUCCUAUGGGAUUUAUUGUGCAUGCUAUUCAAGAAACUCAUUAAACUGAAGCAUCAGGAUAACAAAGUGUUAACUUUUCCCAGUCCUUCGUGAAAAUGGUCAGUCAACUUUCAUCAUAACGUGAUUCACCAAGCAAUUGAUGUGAUUUCAGCAUCAGAAGAAGUAUUUUGAAAAAAGAACUGGAAGAGGAAAAUAUCAAUGAUUAGACAAUGAAAGCAAACUCAGUUUCAUUAUUCAUAUUCUAUACCAAACUAAAGUUGCUUUUAUGUGUAAUUUUAAAUUUUAAGCAACAGUUUCGUUUUCUUUAUUUCAGUGGAUAGCUUUGAGAUGAAAAUACAUUUAAUUUUUAUAUUCUUUGUGUUGUAUUUUUGAAAACAUAAAAUGUAUGAUGUAGUUACAAAAUGUAAUUAUUUUUAGGAAAGAAAAUCAUUUAUUAUGACAA